ACCAUUAGAACAGCCAAGCAUUACCUACUAUCGUUGUCCUUAAAAUAUUGAAUCAUCCCACCAAUCAACAGGAGCAAUUUGCAUUGGGUUUAUUUCUUUCGGAAUCACUUCUAAUUGGAUAGAGGAUAUACAUGAGAGAACAUGUAUAUAAGGGACCAAAAAAAAAAAACCUAAAACUGACAUACACACACUUUUACAUUUUUACUGUUUACCUUCAAUCAUGCCCACUCCACGUAUUUACAAUAGACAUACUUGUUCCUGUAAAAUGCCUUUUUCUAGUUUGCGUUUACUUAAUAGUCAUUACCAGAGAUACCCCGACCAUAGAGUGGUUGACACUGAUGUUGUCAUGCAAGAAGCCGAACUUCCUUCAUCCUCUGUUAACACCCCUUUAUCAACUGAUUCAGUACCUUAUUAUUCUUCUUUCACUUUUGAAGCAGGUCAUGGUGAAAAACAUGUUUAUGACUUUGGUCCAGAUCCCGGUUUUGAUGAAACUGAACUUAACAGCAUUCAGUUUAUGGAUAUUAUUGAAACGUACGGUAUUUCAAGGGAAGCAUCAAGAGAACUGAUUUACCUUUUUCGAACAAUUCUUCAAAAUAAUUUGAUCGGUGCUGAAUUUAAGAAUGGUAAAGUGCAAUCCACUAUUCUAUUCCAAGAUACCUUAGAAAGAAGACUUGAUGCAAAAGUAGAUGUUCGUAGCUACAUUUAUGAUAUUUGUCCCCAAGGCUGUCGACUCUACCAAAAAAACGACGAAGAAACUUUGGAUUGUAGUAGCUGUGGUGAGCAGAGAUACGCCAAUGCGAUGACCAGAAGACCUGCUCGACAAAUGAAGAUGAUGUCUGUUGGUGACCGGAUCGCAAGUUUCUUGGCAAAUGACAGAUUCCGUGAAUUGAUGAAGUACAGACACAAUUACCAGUAUGAAGACGAUGUGUAUAAAGAUUAUUUCGAUGGAGAAGAAUACCGGUCGCUUAAGGCAAAUACAAAUUUUUUUCUUCGGAAGACGAUGUUGCAUUAGCACUUUUUUUUGACGGGUUCCAGCCUGGUAAAGCAACGACAGGCGACAAACUUUCGAUAAUUCAUCUAGUCAAUUUAAACUUUCCACCCGAG